AUGGCAAGCCGGUCUAUGGAGUCUCGUACGGGGAGGAAUAACCAACGCUACGGCGACGGCGGCGAAAGACUCGUUGCAGGUGUUGUACCUGUUAAUGCAGCGAAGACUCAUGUGCUCUUGAUUCAAUCGACUCGACGAUCCGGCUGGGUCCUGCCCAAGGGCGGAUGGGAGUUAGACGAGUCUUGCACCGAAGCUGCGCAGCGCGAGGCAUGGGAAGAAGCCGGAAUAGCCUGCAAUAUUGACUACGAUCUUGGACAAAUCAUAGAAACCCGAGCUCCGAAGCAAAUGUCAAAAGAGGCCCCGAAAGCCCUCUAUCAAUUCUACCAGGCUACGGUCACAACGGAACACGCAGAAUGGCCUGAAAAGCACAAGAGGAAUCGACAGUGGGCUACAUAUUCAGAAGCAGAGAAGGCUUUGAACGCUCGUCCAGAACUGUUAGAAGCUCUCAAGCGCUCGACUCUGAAGCGGUAG